UCACAAUAGCCACAUUUGGUUUUUUGUUGUGAUGUUUUUAGGUGCGCUCAAGAAUUUUUUUUUCAAUUUCACAAUUUGAUUUAAUAAUAAUGGCCGAUAAUAAAAAUGAUGGAUUUAAAGAAUCAAUCAGUGGAUGUUCGACAUCCGAUCCUGAUGUUAUAAAUAAUAACAGUACGAAUCAAACAAUGCUCAACAAUCAAAUUCAUCAAUCACAAACAUCACAGGAUAUAUUCAAAGGUGCUGAAGGUGAAUUUCUACAAGAACGUCUACAGGUUUUGAAUCGUUUGACCAAACAAAUUACAUUGUUUCGACAACAAGCAUUGGACAGUGUAAAUGAACUUCGUAAUUCACAGAAAAGUUGUAUGAAAACCGAGAUAAAUAAAUCGGAUGCUGAUCGUUUGAAAUCAUUAUUCGAUAAAGCUGUUAUGGAUUGUGAUAAAGAGGCCGAUGCUGUACGAUUAUCAUUAGAUCUAAUACAAGAGAUUCGAAAUUAUUCACGUUCAAGACAGAAAAAAAUGCAAUAUGCAUUUAAAAAUAAAAAAUCAUUUAUACGUCGUGGACAAAUGAUCAAAAUAUUGAAUGAUUGUGCUCAUACAUUACCAUUAUGGAUUGGACGUUCAGUGAAUGAAAAACCACCACCACUUUGUGGUGCUAUACCGGCCGAUUUGGAAUAUAUUCCAAAAAUCGGUGAUCUAGUUGCAGCAUUAAUACCAACAGCAAGCGAUAUAAUUAAACCAUCAACAUCGAUUAGUCAUCUAAAUAAUCCUAAUCAUGAUGGUGAUUGGAUAUUGGCCGAAGUUGUACACGUUAAUGGUAAUAAAUUCGAAAUCGAUGAUAUUGAUGAAGAACAAAAUGAACGUCAUUAUCUUUCACGACGUUCAUUGAUUCCGCUUCCAUUAUAUCGUGCUAAUCCGGAAACUAAUCCCGAAGCAUUAUAUAAACGUGAUACACUUGUUCUAGCAUUAUAUCCACAAACAACUUGUUUUUAUCGUGGUAAAGUAUUACAUGCACCGAUUACAGCUAAUGGAAUGUAUCAGAUAUUAUUUGUUGAUCAUACAUAUCAAGAAGGUUAUUCACCACCAUUAGAAGUACCACAACGAUAUGUUGUAAAAGGACCAAAAGAUUAUUCAAUCGAAACAAAUAAAAAACGUAAUCGUGAAACGGAUCAUCCAGAAUCAUUACAAGGUUUAAUACCAAAACGUUUUCAACCAACAAUGUCAACCAUACAUAAAACAUUGAAAAAAGAAUAAGAACGUGUCUUGUUUUGUAAACAUAUUGAAAAGAAAUUUUUAUUUCUUAUCACCAUCAUCCAUUUAUUAUUAUUAUCA